CGUGCGCAGCAGGACAGGGCUCGGGGUCGCACGCGUCCUUCCCCCACGGGCCCGCGCGCUGCUUGGCCGCGACCGGAAGCCUCAGCAUGCUGAUCCCAUUUUCAAUGAAGAAUUGCUUCCAGUUACUUUGUAACCUCAAGGUCCCAGCAGCUGGUUUUAAAGACACAGUUAAAAGUGGGCUCAUUUUACAGUCAGUUUCCAAUGAUGUUUACCAAAACCUGGCUGUAGAAGACUGGAUCCAUGACCAUAUGAAUCUAGAAGCCAAGCCGGUUCUUUUCUUUUGGAGGAAUUCUCCCUCUGUUGUAAUUGGUCGGCAUCAGAACCCUUGGCAGGAAUGUAACCUGAAUCUGAUGAGAGAAGCAGGUGUAAAACUAGCUCGGAGGAGAAGUGGAGGAGGAACAGUCUACCAUGAUAUGGGUAACAUCAACUUGACUUUUUUUACAACCAAAAAAAAGUACGAUAGGAUGGAAAAUCUAAAAUUAGUUGUUAAAGCUCUGAAGGCUGUCCAGCCGCAGCUGGAUGUGCGGGCUACCAAAAGGUUCGACCUUUUACUUGAUGGACAGUUUAAAAUCUCAGGAACAGCUUCCAGGAUUGGCCAGACCGCUGCUUAUCACCACUGCACUUUGCUAUGCAGUACCGAUGGGACCUUCUUGUCAUCUUUGUUGAAGAGCCCUUACCAAGGGGUCAGGAGUACUGCCACUGCGAGCACACCUGCCUUAGUAAAAAAUCUUAUGGAAAAAGAUCCCACCCUGACCUGCGAAGUAGUGAUAAAUGCUAUUGCCACAGAGUAUGCUACAUCUCAUCAAAUCGAUAAUCACAUUCACCUGAUAAACCCAACAGACGAGACGCUGUUUCCUGGAAUAAACAGCAGAGCCAAAGAACUACAGACCUGGGAGUGGAUAUAUGGCAAAACUCCAAAGUUCAGUGUAAACACUUCCUUCAGUGUGUUAUAUGAACAUUCACACUUGGAAAUUAAAGUAUUCAUAGACAUAAAGAAUGGAAGAAUUGAAAUCUGUAAUAUUGAAGCACCUGACCAUUGGUUGCCGCUGGAAAUACGUGACAAGUUAAAUUCAGGUUUUAUUGGUAGUAAAUUUUGCCCAAUUGAAACGACUAUGCUUACAAGUAUAUUACAUAGAACAUGUCCAGAAGAUGAUGAACUACACAGUAAAUGGAAUAUGCUCUGUGAAAAAAUUAAGGGAAUAAUGUGAUUCCAAGUAAAUUUCUUAAUAUCGACAGUUUCAAUGACAGAAUUAAAAAUGUUUACAGUGCAUUGUCUGUCUCUUAAAAUAAAAAAGAUCUAGUCUCCUUCA